AUGUUUUUCGUGUUCAUUGAGUUUUGUUCAAAUUUUUGGAUAAUUUUCAGAGUUUUGAUUCAUCUGGUGGAAAAAUUCGGGCAGCGAAAAUGGUCGCAUAUCGCACAAAUGCUGAAGGGGAGAAUUGGGAAGCAGUGCAGAGAAAGAUGGCACAACCAUCUCAGGCCAGACAUUAAGAAGGAUGUAUGGAGUGAGGAAGAAGAUAAAAUUCUCAUUGAGGCUCAUGCAAAAGUGGGAAAUAAAUGGUCAGAAAUAGCAAAAAAACUCCCUAGAAGAACGGAAAAUUCCAUCAAGAAUCACUGGAAUGCUACCAAAAGAAGGCAAUUUUCCAAGCGAAAACCCCGAACCAAAUGGCCAAGACCAAGUACUCUCUUGCAGGAUUAUAUUCAGAGCCUAAACCUAGGAAAAGGUGACAGCAGAAGAAAUGCACAGCCUCCAGAUGCUCAUCCUGGAAUUCUUAUCAAUAAUUCAUUCCCAGAUGUGAAAAUAAUCCAGGGUUGAUCGAGUUUUCCCCUGGAGACCAUUUGGUGCCAUGUUGUAACUUUGAUCAGGACCUGGAUUUCGUCUUGGACGAUGAAAUCAGCAUGGAUGAUUUGCCAUUUCAUAUGCCUCGAUUGACUUAGUGUCAAGUGCAGAUGGAGCAAGGUUUUGUGUUGUGUUUAUAUAAUUUCGUCUCUGUGCAACCUGAUUCUGAUGAUGUCCUAGAUUUCUUAAUGGAUUUCAAAUGCCUCCAGUAUCAACUACAGGAGAAUUAAAAAUUUGUGUACUUUUCUAUAUAAGUUUUAUAUGCAUAUAUUUGUGCG